GAUAAUUCACUCAUUUCAGGUCUGCGUAAAGCAAUUCAAAGACACAAACUCCCUCUGACUGAUAUAUACCAAAUGCAUCAAAACACAGCUGUCACACAAGAACCGGCCUAGGGAGAAUCACAUCAAAAUCUCUUAUAAUGGAGGUUUUACCCACAUAUAUGGAUGUGGAACAUAGCCGAGCCUAUAUCGACCAACUAUAUUCUAAUGAUCCUCAAAAAUGCUUCCAAGCAGUUAGUGAAUUAAAGUUUGCAGUUAUUGGUAGUGUAAGGGAGAAGGGUUCCAUAAUUGAGCAGGGAGUUGUAGUGCGAUUACUUCAGAUUCUUCGUGCGCAAGAGUUUGAUCUGAUUCUUAAAACAGAAGUAGCUACUGUGCUGAAUUCACUUGCAAAAGGUCUACCAGAGCAUGCAGCAGCAUUAGUGCAAGCAGGACUUUUACCUGUUUUGUGGGAACAACUUGAAGCAUGUGGUGGAGGAGGGGGGGCCAACGCAUACACGUCAAUGGUUCUCUGUUGUCUUCGAUCAGUCUAUCGGCAGGGCUGUGCACCCCCGCCUCCUGCCUGGGACCACAAACUCCUAACGACUCUUAUACAACAUGGCUAUCACCCUCCUAGCAACCAGGAAUGUGUUGCCAACAUCCUUGCUCAUGCAUGCAAGGUAUCCAGGACCUGUGAACAGCAGCAGCAAUUAGUAGAAGCAGGGGGAGCAGAUCUUGUAGCCUGUAUGUUGUGUUCACCUGUGUCCAGAGUUCAGCUUCCUGCAUUACACUGUUUGGCAGCCAUGUGUUACAACAAUGAAAGAGUUUCGUCUAUCAUAGCUACUAAGAGUUACGGUGGUAAAGCUGUGCCAGACUUGCUUGUGGGUUUAAUGGCAAGAGAUCGGCCUUGUGAUAUGCAGCUUGCUGCAGCUACUGCGCUAACAUUCCUGCAUCGUGCAGGGGCACUGUCAGCUGAUGAUCCAAAAGUCAUAUUUAAGACUUUACAAUGCUUGGUUCGGAUGUGUCGUCGAGAUAGGGAAAUAUGGGAACGUGUUGAAGCAGCUAACACGUUAGCUUAUCUGACUGAAGUAAGUACAGAACUACAGAGGACAGCAGCCAUGACAGACCAUUUAAUUCAUAUAAUGAAUGAUUACCUCAAAGACACACCCACUGCUGGAGCUUCAGCACCACAGGGAAUUAGUGUUUCUCCAAUCUCUUGUCGACAGUAUGAUAAUCCAAGUACAUGGCCUGAUCUGAUGCUAGAAGCUGCCCUGAAGGUCUAUGCAUCUUUGGGGGCAAAUGAUGAAGAUAUUCGCCAAAGAGUAAUUAAUACAGAGGGCCUGAUGAACACAAUUGUCGGUGCCUUGUCUGCAGCCUGUCCACCAAUCCAGUUAGCUGCUGUUAGGUGUCUUCAUUCUCUUUCAAGAUCUGUGCACACACUCAGGACAACAUUUCAGGAUCAUAUGGUCUGGAGACCUCUUAUGACAGUUUUAAAGACCUCCAACUCUGAGGAACUAGUUACAGUAGCUUCUUCGACACUCUGUAACCUCUUGCUUGAAUUUUCACCAUCCAAGGAGCACAUCCUUGACCAAGGUGCCGUUGAAUUUCUUUGUGGACUAACAAGACGACCUCACCCAGGUUUAAGACUUAAUGCUGUGUGGGCACUAAUGAACAUGGCUUUCCAAGCAGAGCACAGAGUGAAGGCUUCCAUCCUGCACCACUUAGGAACUGAUCAAAUAUUCCGACUACUGUCGGACACAGAUGUUCACAUCCUCAUGAAAACUUUAGGUCUGCUGAGAAACCUUCUGUCAACAAAGGCCCAUAUUGACCAGAUUAUGCAAAGCCAUGGAAAAGAAAUUAUGCAGGCAAUCAUCUUAAUCUUAGAAGGAGAACACUCAGCUGAGGUGAAGGAGCAAGCACUCUGCAUUUUGGCUAAUAUUGCCGAUGGAGACAUGGCCAAGUCUGCCAUUAUGUCCAAUGAAGAUGUACUCAAGAAGCUAAUGAAUUAUAUGGUUAUACCAAAUGUUAAACUACAGAUAGCAGCAACCUUCUGCAUAAGCAACCUCAUCUGGAAUGUUGAGGAGGGAGCUGCUGAGAGACAAAACAAACUUCGUGAAAUGGGAGUAUACAAACUAUUACAAAAUCUAAUGACUACAACUGAUACUGGAUUAUUUGACAAGGUGAAGACAGCAUUGCAGCAGUUCCUCUAGCAUUGAGGUAGAACAGGUAGACAAUUAGGUUUUGAUAUUAUGUAAAUUUCAUAUUGUACCCCAUACUAAUGGGUUAUUUACUAGGUUGUCAGAUGUGUAUGUUGAGUAUCAAGCUAAUCAAGGUGGCCAUAGAUGAAAUAAAUUAUUAUAUCCUUUAUAUGUAGAUAACUUGAUUUAUGGUACGGUUGAUUAGUUCAACUAAAAGGCUUUAUUGUUUGUUUAGAUGCUCAUGCUUUAUGUAAACAUGUAUAUAGUUAUUAAAGUUAAGGAGAAAAAAGUGAUACAUAUUUAAGAGAAGGGAUUAUUACCUUUAUUUUUGUGAAUAUAUGUGAGUGUUCAUAAUGAUUUGUAAGCAAUAUAUAUAUAUAUUUAAUGUAGCUUACUCAAAAUUUGAUUUGUUAAUAAUAAGCCUUGCUUGCUUUGUUUAUGAAGUGCUCAAAGAUUGAGGGGGGGGGAGGGGGAGAAGAGGGAAGCCAUCCAUGACUGAGCUAUAGUUUGACAUUUGUUAGAAUGGAUUUUAUUUUGAAGGAAUGUUGAAGAAUACUGUUACUUGGUAUGUUUUUUUUUUCUCUGGAAAAUUAAGGAGUAGGUUUCUCACUACUAUAUGUAUUAAUAUGAGAUUGUGUGAACCAAAUUGUUAGAAGAAUAUUAUGCUGAGCAAUAUUUACAAAUUCAGGUGAAGUAGUGUGAACUUGGCAAAAUUAAAGUUCUUUUUGUUGUGGAAUACACAACAUUAAUUCUAUGGAAAGGUGACUCUGUAAAUUAAGAUAUAUCUUAAGUAUGCAGAAUAAAAGUACAACAUUAAAACACAUUUUUAAAAUUGGCCUAAGGAAAUGGAGUAAUGCUUGCUUUUAUUAUUUUUAAUGGAAAGUGAAGUGAGAAAUUAGACAGUCAAGCAAAGAGUUCACUUCAUUAUGAUGUUAAUCUUUUAUCAUUCUUACUUGUUUAUUGUUAUCAUCAUCUUCAUGUAAUUAAUGUCCAUUGUUCCUUUCUAUCAGUCACAUCAUUAUUUUGAUUUUUAAGGUUUAUUAUUUGUAUUCUUUAUAUUUUUUUCAUUGUUUACAUUUCAUGCCAGAAUUUUCUGUUUGCCUAAGCAUGCUAUAAAAGUAUGAAUAUAAACAAAUUAUUUCUUUUUAUUGCUGCCCUUUUGAAUCUGAUGAAUGUAACUGACUUGUAGAUUUCAGGCAAGGAAUUUAAUUAAUUUCAUACCUAGGUUAGUACAGAAUAUUACCACAGUGUUUACCAGGGUAAGCACAAACUGGAACAAAAAAGGUAGGUAUCAAGGUAGAUGGCAAUUAAAGUAUCAUUACUCUCACUGUAAACCAUUUGCUAUGAAUUAAAAAAAAGAGAUUAUUCUUUCAUAAGUGUAAUUUUUGUGCAGAAAGCUGGUUAGCUUUUGUAUUUUCAUCCCUUAUUUUUUUUUCUCAGCAGCCUUUGAAUUUCAAAGGUGUAGGUGUUCAGUGUAAAGGCUAUUGCAGAGUAUAUGUGUACUGUAAGUUUCCUGUGUCUAUAUGUAUAAAUUCUAAUUGUUUGAUAGGUGGGUUUUCACUUGUCACAUUCAGUUAAUGACAUUUUUCAUUUUAAAUUACUUCCUUAUUUCAUUAUAACACAAGCCUACAAUGUAUAGAAGAUGUGAUUACUUUCUCUAUAUCUUUGUUUGAAGAAAGCAAAUGCCAUGGAUGGGUAAAGAGUAAUGCCAGACUACAUUGGCUGUUCUGGUCAUUGAGAUUAUAAAAAAAAAUACUGGAAAGUUCUUUUGAAUUGAAGCGUAUUCAAUACCAUAACUAGGAUCAUUUACUUCAUAAAACAUUAAUGUGUUUAACAUUAAACAGUAUUCUUUAUUAAUAUGAUUAGGUCAGACCCUUGUUUUUUUUCAUUCUGCAAAACAUUUUUUUAAUGGAUUAUUAAAUACCUUUGGCAAAAGACUACUAGUUGAUAGCUGCAUGUGUUGACUAGAUUAACAUACUUUUUUUCUUUAAUUUCUUCUAAAAAAAUGGUUCUUCUACAUUUAGACAUCUAUGAAGAUUGCAUUAGCCUGGAAAGUACAAACUUGUGGAAAACUUGUGUUUUUGUUGUGUUUGACCUAAAAAUCAAGACUUGCCAAAUUAGAUAUUGUUAAGAUUACAUAAGAAAUAUCAUAAAAGAUUUCAUAGUGAAAUUCAUAUUUUACAGAAGUGGGAUUUAUUAAAAGACAUAGGAACAGUGUUGAUGAUUAUGUUGAGUAUUCAUAUGCAGUUAGCAGGAAAGCAUUAUGAUUUUUGAAAAUGGAAGGGAAUUUACAGUAUGCUGGCCACAGUCAUGAAUUUGAAUAUUAUGCAUAAAAAAGGUAUUUUUUCUGUAGCUAUGUUUCAUUUUAGGUAUUUACAAACAUUUGCAGAUGUGAAUAACUUCCUUAUAUAUUAAUAGUUGAUGCAUUUAAUGCAACUGUAAGCUAUCUUAUCUUUGAUAUAAUCUUGAAGAUCAAGAGGUGCUAAGUAAAAGGGAAGGCAAGCUAAACAAAAUGAUUUUUUUAGAAUGAACUAGUUAGCAAGAUUUACAGAAUGAUGAAAAUUAGUUUGUUAGGAUUGAAAGGGCAAGUUCACUAAUAAAGCAGAAAUAGCAGACACCAGUGUUGAUAUGCUGAUUCUAGCAUAAGGAUGUAUUUAUAUAUUAAUGAAUAUCUAUGAAUACUCAGUGUUAUUUCUGCCUACUAAUGGCUACCAAUGUUUGGAUGCUAUAUUCACAUCCUUGUAUUCUGUAAGAUAGAUCAGCAACUAUGUUCAGUAGGAUUGUUGUAGAUUUACAAAAUUGCGAAAAAACAAGUUCAUUAUAACAGCAUUGUUAAAAUUUGCAACAUAGAAAUUGCACAUUUAUAGAGCUUGCCAGUGUAGUGUGAUUAUGAUAAAACUGUCAAGCAUAAUUCCAUGGCAUAGAAUAAACCUUUUUUCUGCAUGAGGUAUUGCCAGGUGUAGGUUUUAUUUUCUUCUAGGUUAUUUGAUAUGGAGAAAUGAUUGGGUUAUUUGAUUAUUUUUAUUCAGUUUCGUGUAGUAGAUGGAAAUGAUAAGCUUUGCCUGCCUAUUGAAACUAAGAUACUGAGCAUGGAAACAUUUGUCAUAUAUAUUUAACAUUUUAUUAAAUGUAUUUAGUUCAAUAUAUUAGUGUACUGAAUAUGUUCCUGUUAACUGUAAUCUACACUUGGUCAGCAGAGUCAGACUGUAAUUGGUAUGCAAUAAUAAUUUUAAGUAACAGUUUUUCAUACUGCCAGUGACUAGUUGGUUAAAAGUUCUAGCAGGAAACCUACCUGUAUAACAAAUGUUCCCAAUUACAGGUUUAUAGCAAUUUCAGAUGCCUAUAGACCCAUUUUAUAUAAACUGCCCUGUGUAAUUAUAAUUCAUCUUUGUUUACAUUUACUAUAAAUCUAUGUUUAUAUCUGGAGUUCAUAAUUUCAAGUAGGAUAUUAUUGAUACAUUGCCAUCAAAUGCAGUUUUCAGGCAUUAACCUUGCUCUGAUCAAGCUCAGGGUAGCCCGUAUGUAGACUGUGGCUGUACGAGUAUGCAGUAACUUGUUCUCAGUUCAGAAAUAAGGUAAUCUAUGUAGAUACUAUUCUCAUUUUUACUAUAGAAUAAUAAAGGGGCAGAUACAUGUAGAACAAUGGAAACUGAAAAUAAAUAUUGUAGUUCAUCCAGCUGAAUGGGAGUGACAAGAUUGGGUUAGCAUUUUAUGAUGCAGUUCAAAAUUCUAAAUUAUCGAGGAAUGAUAGCUUCUGUAUAUAUUAAUCUAGGUAUGACAUACUAAUGGUGAUAUUUUUAUUAUGAUUGUUUUAAAUUUUGAAAGGCCGCUUUUUCAAUUCAACAAAGGUUAAGAAAAUGGAAAUGAAACUUAAUUAUUGUUAUCUUUGUGAAAAUAUUCUUUUGUAUAUUGCAUAAUGUAAAGUUAACAAUGCAAGGAAACCUCUGAAAAAGAUGGCUGGAAGGGAUUUCUACAGAACUGUAGUGAAUCUAUACAGUGGAAAAGGUGUUAUAGUUUGGAAUACAUUUUACACAAUGUAAAGGUAUUAUCCUCAAACUGCACCUCGUUUAUUGUGAGUCAAUCUAUUUAUUAUGUAUUUAAACAUGUUGUCAGGUUAGAAAAGAGGAUUUGCAAUCUAUGACUUUGUAUCCAAACUAUGUUUUUGGAAUAUCUAAGAAAACAUUUAUGUAUUU